AUGGGUCUUUUGGGCGGCAAGAAGUGGAAGCCGCAGGGGAAGGAUGUCUUUAUCACGGGCGGCUCGCAGGGUCUCGGCCUCGCGCUCGCCGAAUUGCUCGCUGCCAAGGGCGCAAACGUCACAAUCUGCAGCAGGACCGAGUCCAAGCUUCGCGAGGCGGUCGAGCAGGUCAAGGCAGCAGCCAAGUCCUCGCAGCAAAGAAUCGAGUACGUCGCUGCAGACGUGUCGACAUUCGAGGGCGCCAAGGAGGCGAUUGCGAGUCGCGAUGUCGUGCCGGACACGGUCUUCUGCUGCGCCGGCGGCGCCAAGCCGGGCUUCUUUCUGGAACAGACCGAAAGCGACUUUGAGCAAGGCAUGAAGACCGACUACUGGACCUGCCUUGCCACGGCUCAUGUAAGUACCUUCCGCGCCUUGCAAUUGAAGACCUCGUCCGUCUCACCUCGACUUCACCCGGACCGCUCGCUCACUUUGCCUUCUUCCUCUCUGCACAAUUUGGAACGACAGGCGGCAGCGAAUGCGAUGGCUCGCAACAAGGUGGUAGAUGGCAAGAUCGUGCUUGUCAGCUCGCUCCUCGGCUUUACGGGGCUGAUCGGCUACUCUCAGUAUGCACCCAUGAAGUACGCCAUUCGCGGACUCGCCGAAACGCUUCGAUCCGAGUUGCUGCUGUACGGCAUCUCGGUGCAGGCGUACUUCCCGGCCAGCAUCCUCUCGCCUGGCUUUGAGCAGGAGAACAAGACCAAGCCCAAGGUGACGCUCGAGAUCGAGGAGGGCGACUCACCGCUCACACCGGAACAAUGUGCCAAAGGCCUCGUCAAAGGCGUGGAGCGUGGUCACUUCUUCAUCACCACGGACUUCAACUCGGAGCUCUUCCGCGUCGCUGCUCUCGGCAGCGCCCCGACCAACUCGGCCGUGCUCGACCGUGCGCUUGCGCUGAUUUCGUGGAUCGCCAUCCCAAUCUGGCGCUCCUUUGUGGCCGACAGGGCCGUCAAAAAGCACCGCAAAGAACACCUCGCCUCACUCACGGCCAAGGCGCAAUCGUAA